GUGGCUAGGUCUUUUGAAAUUUUGGAGCAGGUCGCGAGCAUGAAGCUGUGGCGGAGCUCGGAGAAAACAUUGCGGGGCGCUAGAUUUCGCUGAGUUGCCUGCGAUGCAGGGCCCUGGAUUGCUAGUCGCUGCACUGGAGCUCCCUCGCGGUAUCAUUUGAGCUUGCUCUUUGUCUUUUUGACCCCGCAUUUGGUGUAGGAGGGGUAAUUUGGCCAGGAAUUGUCGUGUGAGUUUUGCGCGGAUUGGUGGCGUUAGCUGUAUGCGCAUGACAGCUGCAGGAGGACAUUUGUUUCGAGUUUUUCAUAGUCGGAUCAAGCGAGUUGGUGGUUGAUCGAGUGUUUGUAUUUCUUUUUGAGAGGGAGAGAGAUUGACACACAGAGAUUUCGGGUAUGGUGGUUUAGAGUGAUGAGUGAUCGUUUGCUGUUUGUAGUUUAGGUGGCGCGCGAUUGUAUCCUGGUUCACACGUGAUUUUCUGCUGAAAGAAAGAACCCGCAACUUGGUAGUGGCUUUCCAUGGGAUGGAGUUUACUGGCUUUUCCUGGCAGGUGCUCGACGUUUUGGACGUGGAACUAUUGCGCGGGGCGACAUUUGGCGAGCUUGGUGGCUUUAAUUUGAGGUUUUAGUGGCUUCGGUGGAGGAAUUUGGAGAGAAAGGGAACUUACGAGGACACGGAUGUGUUUCUGUUCCUGUUGGCUUCCUGCUUUCUCUUGGUACACUGAGGCUGGCCUUGUUAAUCUCGGGUUGCCUUCGAUGUAGUUUGGGCUACGUAACAGUUUGGAACGUGACUUUUUCACGAAAUUUUCAAUGAUCUCCCUCCAGGCUUCUCGUCUUCCAGGACGAAGGGUAGAUUGUAAGGGAUUGUAGAUUGUAAGUGUCUCCCUUGAUUAUUCUGUAAUCUGUGUUGACUUGUCGCUUCACGUGCCAAGACAACGAAUGCAGUAUUAACCAUUGUGAAAACUUUAAGCUCACUUUCGAAUGGUACUUGAUGCUGUGAUGUAAAUUAUCCGUAGCGGUUCUCUCUGCCAAAUUGUUAGGAAGCAAUGAAAUCAUUAAUUUCAUGUCUUGGCUGGUCUUUAUGGAUGCAUCGAAGCCUACUGGUUUUGUCGACUGCUUCCACACUCGGGAUUCUUUUCCUUUUUGUAUCUGCUGAAGCUCAUGUUGCUCUUUUUUGGAGCAGCUUAUCUUCUUUAAGAAUUUUCCGCACCACCUUACUUUUCAGUUGUGGACUAUGCAUUUGUUCCGUCUUUUCCUUUAAUCUUCCUCCCCUUCUCAUUAUGAGGUUGUGAUUUACUAUCUUUUGAUUGUACAUCCUUUUCUCUGGUAGACUGUAGGUUGUUUUGUUUGCUGAGAGGAAGAAUGAUGGCACUCCCUGGCAAACACGUUUUCCGAGGGCAGUUCGAGUCUAAGUACGUGACCACUAGACUAUCGCUUCGCAUUAUCUGAUGGACUUCUAGAGAUAUUGUUUAGGGACACUAUGAGGUGAUUGUGAAGUUCUUUACCGAUUAACUUGUGAUUAGUCUAAUUUGUGAAUGGCAUUCUCUCUGGCCAGCUUAACUACCGUCAGAGGGUGUUCGUUAUACUAUUUGCUUGUUCGCGUGAGACAAUGUGAUUUUGCCAACGCCUAUCGUUUUUGUAUCUAGCAAAUGUGCGAAUUUUAGGGUGAGUGUACUGGAUUAUUUGCAGUUUUAUGGGUGUUUAUCACAUUUUGUACGCUACAGUAUUGAAAGGUAGCAUGACUGGGAUUACUUCGCUGAGAUUAGCCAGCUUAAUACGCGGAGAAACAUAUUUUUUGACGAAUCAUCGAGUGCUGUAGAUUAAUGAUGAGCAUCCCCAAUAUUGAGUUCACGCUGAGUACUCCUCAAUUAAUUGCACCUAAAGAAGUGGUUUUCCUAGUUGCGAGAUGAUCUUUGUGGGUGCAAUUGGGGGCAACUUGAUUUUUCAGAGACUCCAUCGAAGACCUCUACGCCGCCAUCUUUAAUUAUUGUGGGGGUCAUGUGCGUUUACUGUUUGUAAACUGGGAGUUCGAGGAGAUUAGGAGCCACCAACAUGGCAUCGGCUAGACGGCCAAGAACGUCCUCAAAACCUGUGGCAAAGAUUGCAGGUGGUGUAGAUAGGAACGAAGAUGGAACGGAAAAGAGUAAAUCCAGGAAGCGAAAGCUGACAGAUAUGCUUGGAUCUCCUUGGAGUAAAGAAGAUCUUGAGAUGUUUUACCAAGCCUUUCGCAAAUAUGGCAAGGACUGGAAGAAGGUUUCUGCGAGCUUACACAAGAGAACGGCAGAGAUGGUUGAGGCAUUAUAUACCACAAACAAGGCAUAUUUGUCUCUUCCUGAAGGAGAUGUAUCUGCUGCUGGACUUAAAGCCAUGAUGACAGACCAUUAUAACUUGUUGGAUGUAAGCCAAAGUGCAGGUGCAGAGAGUAGUGAUGAUGGUGUUGGUUCAGAAGAGAGGUCAAACUAUAUUCCGCUCACGAAGAAACCAGUUACCAGCACAGGGAUGGAUAGCAGCAGCAUCCGUUUCGAUGGCCUUUUAGGAGCUAGUGGUUUUGGAGGUCCUUCACCUGUCAAAAGACCAAGAACAAGCAGUAUUGGUCCAGUAGGCAAACGCACUCCUCGAUUUCAGACGGGCAAAGCAUCGGAGAAAAGAAUAAAGAUCAUCAAAGUCCCUGAUUCCAAGCCUCAGAAUGUGGUGGAAGAGGAUUCAGACUCUGAUGUAGCAGCUGCCCGCACCUUAGUGUCAAAGCCGACAACGUCACCAUCGGCAUCAAAUAAUCUCUCAAGGAGGAGCUUUAGACAAUCCUCUGUUCACCAGAAUGGUGACAAGGAGUCACUGUGGAGGAGAGAACCUGAUGGCUCUGUGAAGCCUACUGCUUCGACAAGCCAAGCGGAUAAUCAGCUGGACGGAAGUCCUGAAAGCAAAGUUCUGCAGAACGAGGGUGCUACCAAAGCAAGCAGCAGCACGCAUACGUCAGACGCAGAUAGAAAAACUCCGAAAGUUGGUGACAUUAAGAGUAAGCUGAAAAAACCGUUCUUCAAGAAGAUACAGUUACAGAAUUUGGAUGAUAAACAUGAAGCUGCUCAGAUUCGAGAGAAGAGAAAAGAAAAUGUCAAGGAGUUGCUGGAAGCAGCAGAAAGACAACGCAUCGGUGCGGAUGAACCAGGAGAGGGGUCUAGUCCACCACCUUUUGUUCAGAGGAGGCGGCGUCCUGGUUCACCUCCUCCCAAGCAAAAGAAGAGAAGUAGACAACUCUUCUCUGGCGGUACAUAUACAAGUCCAGCUGUAGUUAGCAACAGCGGACUGGAUGCUUUAGCGACUCUAGCGGCCUCGUCAUUGGAGCUAGAAGGUCUGGAAUUUGGUGAGAAUUUGAACUUUGUUCCCACUACUUUUGAAGCUUAUACUGAAUAUCUGAAACCCAAGGCCAGGAAGCAAUCUAGCCUGGAUGGUACAGAACCAAAACAUGUUUCGAAAUCUCUACGAGCCGAAGAAAUGCGAAGUUUAGGCAAUGAUAAUUUUGAAGGGGAAGGAGAUCUUAAGACAGAGGAAGAGGAAGCAGCGUCUGAAGAUAGACGCCCAUGUACUUCUCCAGCAGAUUCUAAAAAGCGGAAAAGGAAGUUUUCCGGUGAUAAGGUUCUCAAGGUUGUGGCUCCAGUUCCUGAUGGAGAGGCUUUUGUAUCGCUGAAGCCACGAACCAAAACUAAAAGGCCAACUGGAACCAAGUUACUAUCUUCUAAAUCGUGGCAUAAGCUUCUGAAGCAGCAAUCAGAAAUUGAUGCAGUAGAUGGUGCAGGUGCUUCUAGCCUUGGUAAGCAGACCCCUAAGAAUGCAGAAGAUCAUUCUAUGGACAUCGACGAAAGUUCUCUCUCUCCAAAACUUGGGAGUAAGAAGAAUGGGGUAUCAGAGAAACUGCUUCCAGAACGUAUCGGUACUCCCUCGAAGUCGGUUAAUGGGGUGAAUUCCCCACGUCAGGAGUCUAAGAGAAGAGAAAAAAAUUUCUGCCCACAUUCCACCCCUGAACUUGGAUUAACCAGUGCUAAGGCAAAAAUCAUUCAUUGCCUAUGCCCAAAAGUUCGGCGAUGGUGCAUGUGUGAGUGGUUCUACAGUGCUAUCGACCUUCCUUGGUUCGCACGUAAUGAAUUUGUUAAGUAUCUGAAUCAUGCAGGCCUUGGUCAUGUGCCAAGGCUCACACGCAUCGAGUGGGGUGUUAUACGAGGCUCUCUUGGGAAACCCAGAAGACUCUCCAAACGAUUUCUACAAGAAGAGAGGGAAAAGUUAGAAACAUAUCGUGAGUCAGUGCGCACACAUUAUCAUGAACUUCGAACUGGCCUUAGAGAAGGGCUACCCACUGAUUUAGCUCGUCCCUUGACGGUGGGUCAGAAAGUAAUUGCUCGUCACCCUAGGACGCGCGAAAUACACGAUGGGAGUAUCCUUACAGUCGAUCGUUCUCGCUGUCGAGUGCAGUUUGAACCUGAGUUAGGGGUGGAACUGGUCAUGGAUAUCGAUGCGAUGCCUGCAAAUGUACUUGGUAACAUGCCUGAAGUGAUGCGACGGCGUUUCACAUCAGUGCAAGGGAUAGACCGCACACUCAGUUAUCGAAGUACUCUAUAUCCGUUCAUGGAGCUACUUAAGGUUAUACGGCUGUCCAACCAUCUUUGCUCUCUUUGCCUUGUACAAUUCAUUAUCCCUCUCAAAAUGGUGGAAUUGUGUGGACAGGCUGACACGCUAGAUGCUGUACGAGAAGCAAAAGAAGUUACUAACAGAGCGGUUCGUGAGGCAAACGAAAUGACCGUUAAGUCUGCUGUAGCCUCCUCAAGAGUUGGCCCGCACCAAACACGAAGUGGUCUUCAGUCAAGGGAAGCGGAAGUAUGGGCAUUGGCUGAACUUUCACGUGCACUUGAUAAAAAGGAAGCGCUUGUUUUGGAGUUUCGGCAAAUGAAUGAUGACGCAAGUAGCAGUCGAGGGGGAUUUAAGACUCCUGAGACCUUUCAACGUCAGUAUGCCACGGUCGUUCUCCAACUGAAGGAAGUGAACGAGCAGGUUACAUAUGCUCUACUUCAGUUGCGGCAAAGGAAUAAGUAUCAAGAUAACGCUGCUCCUCCAUGGUACUGGUUGAUAACUCAAGGAAGUUUAGAUGCGGCGGAGCCUAGUGAACCAUGGGCCUUGGACAGAACCCCGGUCCUUUCAGAGAUAGCUGUUUCGGCUAGAAAGCAAGCCGACCUCAUGGUGUUCACUGCAGUGAAGGCCAUGGAUAAUUUAAAAACAGGAGAAGAUGCUCUUCAAAAAUUAGGAUGCGCACUGGAUGCUAUAUCUGUUCCAGGAUCCGUAUCAGCUCCACUUCAGUUAUCCCUUUAUCCUGCUCCAACUAGUGAAGGUGAUGUACCCCAGGAUGCUUGUACACCAAGUGCUCAGCCAGGGUCACUUGUUCAGUCGUCUUCAUCUUCAAUCACAGAGGAUAACAGCGAAGUUGACACCGGGACUGUAGCUAUCUCCAGUAGGUUGUCUCAAGCUGAUAUAAGUGAACCUGGUCAGAGGCCUGCAACUCUUAAGGUAGCUGCCCAAGAUCUAACGCAGGAUCUCAACCAUACUGAGACUCAGCAGAGUGCAAUUAAGGAUUGCACGUUUCCUGUGGAGCUCAUGACCUCAUGUGUCGCUACGUUGUUUAUGCUGCAGACACUAUCUGACAGGCCCUCUUCAGCAGCUGAAAUGCAGCAGACCUUGGACUCUGCACUGUUGACGUUGAGGCCCAAGUCGUCUAAGAACAACGCUAUUUUCAAAGACAUAGAGCAGCAGUUUGCAUCUGUGAAAGCACAGAUCACGACUCAGAUACCGUUGCCAACCUCCCGUCCUUCGUCACCCUUUGGAAAUUCUGUGCUUCCUAUUGCCGCUCAACCCGCUCCUAAAACCCUGUAGCGGAUUUGCCUCUCAAGUGCUCUCGUACACUCCAUAAAAUUAGAACCACCGACAGCCACUUCUCAGUCUGCCAGGAGUCUCUUCGUUGUGAAUUAUGAAUUGUUCAAUCGUUAUUAAAAGCCGGGAUUGAUUAAAUUUUGUAUUCUCGGUUAUACAAAUUAAUCACAUUGAGUUCCAAAUUGCUGCGAAA